AUGAUCGAAAAGGUGCUAGUUGUGAGAUCAUGUCGUCAGGAAUCAUACGAAAUGACGUGUCGGGGGAAGAACUCACUUCAUGAAUUGAAACCGGGUAAAACCUAUUCAAAUAUCGACACAUUACAUAUCCAUCAAGCGGAACUCGAUUUAACAGAUGAUCUCCUCCCAAAUGAUAUCACCUUUUCCGCAUUGACUCUUCUCAACGCUACUGACAAUCAUCUGACAAGAAUCGGAAGACGCGGGUUCGAUAAAAUUCGGAACGUCCAAUUUUUGUAUUUGUCGAACAAUCAGAUCUCACAUGCUCAACCGGAUCCAUUCCAGGCACUAGAAAAACUGGAACUCAUCGAAAUGGAUGACGCGCUGGAUGGAAAUGCUGAAGACAAAGCGGACAUGCUCCGAAACUUUUUCCAUUCCAAAAAUAGUUUCACCCAUUUGUCAAAAAUCGAGUUGAACAAAAAUAGAAUCGAUGAAAUUUAUCCGAAAACGUUUUGUGGGGUAAAAGGACUGAAAAGGCUAGAAGUAUCAAACAAUCGAAUUCAAUCAUUCAAUUUCGCGAGGAGUUGUUUGACAGAGCUCAAAGCGCUCAUGUUGGCUGGAAACUUGAUUCAGAAGAUUCCUGCUGACAUCUGGGACUUCCUCCCUCAAUUAUCCAGUCUUGAUAUCUCAAACAAUCCUUUGAAUUGUGAUUGUGAAACUGUCAAACUGGUUAGAGACGAUGAUGUCAUUUUUAUAAAUCAGGCCCAAACAAAAUGUGCAUCACCACCAGAAGUAGAAGGUCAAAGUAUUUUUGAGAUCAGGAAAGAUUACUGUAGCGCGACGGCUACAAAGACAACGAACAGGAAUCCACGUGGCAAAGCAUCAUUCCUUCAGUUCUUCAUCUUGUUUGUGAUUGCUGUUGGAAUUCUAUGGGCGUACAAAAAGUACCGUGAACGACUGAGCUAUAUGAGCACCGCACCUGUUGGCUACACAAAUCUACAACACGAGCAAGCCGUCGAACCGGAAUUCGUUUAG